AUGAUCCAGAGCCGGACGAAUCCCAACAUCAUUGCCUACAAUGCUGUGAUCUCUGCUCAUGUAAAGGGCCACCAGUGGCAACGAGCAUUGCAUCUAUUUUGGAUUCUGGAGGCGAAGCCGCCGAGCUCGGAGCUUUCACCGGCGAGCCGAGCUCUCCCACGACCGACUGUCGUCACUUUCAGUGCAGCGAUCAGUGCCUGCGACCGGUGGUGGCAAGCCUUGCAGCUCUUGACCCUCAUGUUUGCUCGCGCUUUGUCGCCCACCACGGUCACCUUCAAUGCAGCGAUUGCCGCAGCCGAAAAGGCGCAGGAAUGGCAAGUUGCACUUCUCCUCCUGGCUGACAUGCUGAAACAGCAGGUCUUGCCGUCAGUGGUGAGCUUCAGUUCAGCGGUGAGCGCCUGUGAGAAGUCUCUUCGAUGGGAGAUGGCGCUUCGAUUGAUGGACUGGAUGCGCAGCGAGAGCGUGCUCGCGAAUCAAGUCACCUACAAUAGCGUGAUCAGCGCCUGCGAAAAGGGGCAGCAGUGGCAGCAGGCAAUGCUGUCGCUUUGGAGCAUGCCAAAAGCUCUGGUGGACCAGGAGCUCCGAAGCUUCGGUGCCGCCUGCGCUGCCGGCGCGCGCGCCUGGCGUUGGCGCGUGGCGCUGGCGCUGGCGCAGCGGGGCGAUGGGAUGGCUCGGAGCGGGGCAGUGGAAGCGGCCGCAAAGGCAAUGGCCUGGUGCUGGGCAUUGUUUCUUUGUGAAUCUUGCAAUGGUGCCAUGGCAAGAAGCCUGACGCUGGAGGCGUGUGCGGCGUCGGGCCGUGUAGUGCAGCUGCCACCCUUACUGAGUAGCCUGGAAAGAGCUUCCAAGAUGGAGGCCAAAGAGCGCCCCCCGCGAGAGGCGGCAUCCGUGACAGCGGAGCGACAUCGACGCACCUCCUUGAAGUUGCAGCACGAGGUCGCCGAGCUCUGGGAAGCCUUGCGCCAGUACCGAGAAAAGGCCCAGCGAGAUUGUGAGGCCGUGGUCUCAAAGCAGGACUUGGCCAAAGAGGAGUUACUCCAGGCCUUCAAGUCGCGCGACAGCACGCGCUACUUGGUGGCGCUGGAGGCUGCCCUUGAGGCGGAAGUGGAGCCUCAGGACAUUCCCUGUGUCUACAGCCUCCACCGAGUUUCAGGAUCUUUCGAAGUUCAUGAGAUUGAUUUGAGGAGGCGGACCUUCAGCGCGCAGCUGUGCUUCAUCUUAGACUACACCAGCAGUAUGAAGACUCAGGUUCAGGAGGUGAAGUCGGCCGUCCCCCGCAUCAUCGAGGCGGUGCGCCAGCUCCACUUGCCCUUGACGCCCAAUGCGCGCGUGGACCUGGAGAUGAGCUGUGUGGCCUACAACGACUGGGACGAAGACACCUUUCGUCUGGGCCGGCCAGUGGUUGCGAUCUUCCAAGGGCAAGAGAUUCGACACGCACAUGGAGAGCCACUGCUCAGGGAGGAAGACUUCAAUCUGGGCGGUGAGUUUACCAGGAAGGCGGAAGCCUUGGAGGCUUGGAUCGAUCAGGGUCUCGGGCAUGGCGGCUUUGUUCCUGAAGAGCUCACUGGAGCCUUGCUGGCUGCUUCUUACCUCCCCUGGAACGCUGAGAACGAGAGCGAGCCCAGUGCCUGUGCCAAGCUGGCAGUGGUCAUUACAGAUGCGCCCUGCCACGGCAAGGCCUACAGCGCGGUGGCGCACGACGUCUUCUGCGACCGCUCGACGGGGCUCACCUGCAGCGGAUGCCCGGAGGUGCCCUUGCGGCGCCUGCGCGAGCAAGGUGUGCAGGUGGCGAUCUUCCAUACAGGAGAAGGCCCUGCAGUGUCGAUGUGUGAAAAGCUGUGUGCCUCGGAGCCGGACCUGAUCCAUGAGAAGGUGGAUCCAUCGGCGACAGCUCAGAAGCUGGUGAAUCUCCUGGAAGGGAAGCUGAAGCUACAGCCGCUGUCGUACGUCCUCAAGACCUUCAGCCUGGGACAGCCCGAAACGCCACAUCUGGAUCUGGCGCUGGCGCAUGACAUGGAGGUGGAAGAUGGCGAUGGCCAGAAGGAGAGGUACAAGAUUGGACUGGAUGGCCUCCUUUUCCUGGGCUUUCCUGAGAGGAACCCUAAGGUCGUGGUCCGUCGACCACUGGAUUCCAAGCUGGACCCUCUCUAUGAGCGGAGGAGUGAGCUGGUGGAGCUGCCGCGCGUCUACGCUGGGUGCGGGUGCCAUGAGCUGCGGAUGUGGCCCUUGCGGGGUGAAGGUUGA